CUCUCUCUCUCACACACACACACACUCUCUCUCUGUCACACACACACACACUCUCUCUCUCUGUCUCCCUCUCUGGCCGCUUUCUCCUGUUGUGCAAGUGGCGUUAUCAACGCUCCAACGCACGCACACACACACACACACGCAAGCACAACUUCUACACCAGGCCAUCAUGGGGUCUGGUGCUUCAAAAAGCACCAAGGUGCAGACAGUGCCAUCGUCAGAGGCAGACGACGACGAUGUAGUUGUGGUGAGCAAGAUUGCGCCCAGUGACAACCCUUCCACUUCCGCACCUUCGUCCUUAAGCAAGGACAAGGACCACAUCAAGGUUGCAAAGAACAAGACUGCCACCAACAGCGACAAUGACCGGCUCAGCCCCAGCAUACAGAAGAACAUGCAUCGUGACGAUCCUACGCCCACAGUCACAACAACAACGGCAGCAGCAGCAGACUUACACUACCACGGCAUCAGCGAUGUGGCAUCCCCAGCCGGCAUCAGUGCUCCGCUUGCUCCACUUGAUCGGCAGAGCUCUGUGCCAUCGAGCAUAGGACCUGAAUCAAAAGUGAGCCAGCGCUCAUCAAAGGCUUCGCUCGUCCCACCUCACACCCAAGAGCACGGCGAUGCCAAGGCCCACUUCCCUGGCACUGAGCAACCAAAGACGGAAGAGCAACUCUUGCUCGAAGCCAUAGACAGGAAAGUGGAGGCCAAGGCAAAACCAGACGUGCCACAGCCACCAGGCCCGCCCCCUGGCAUUGAUGGUCUGGCGCCGGCGAACAGGGCCGGCAUCAGCGUGAAUGUUCGCGAUAUCGAUGAUGCCAUGAACGAGAUUGGAUCGUCCCUUGCUAACAUCAACGAGGAAUCCGAACACGCCCUUCAGCACCGCAAGCCGCAAGUUCAGUUUGAUCCCGACAAGUUCCGGCGCGCAAACAACGGCGGCCUCAACCCGUCCCCAUCAAAAAAGAGAAUCGCCCUCUCCGAAGUCAUCGACGCUUUCGGUUCAUUGCGUGCUUUUUCUGUUGUGCUGCAUUGUCCUUUGUGCCAUGUCCGCGUGUGA